AUGAGUGGGAACUUUCUUCAUGAAAUUAUCCCAUCAUCCUUUAGUUCAUUGAAAUCCCUCAUCAGCUUAGACCUUUCCAACAAUAACUUGUCAGGCACAAUCCCACAACAACUAAAAGAUCAUCCAAUGUUGGACACCUUGAACCUAUCUCACAACCAUUUUUAUGGUGAGAUUCCAAAAAGAAGAGUGUUUGAUAAUAUCACAGCUAUUUCACUCACAGGAAACGAGGAUCUUUGUGGUGGUAUACCUCAACUAAAGCUACCUACAUGCCCAAGUAAGUCGAAGAAGCCUUUCAAAGUUAUAAUUCUUAUCAUUGUGGUAAGCAAUGCUCUUACUUGUGUUGCAAUUUGCCUCAUCAUUUUCAAGAGAAGAAAACAUAAAAAGUUGUCUUCCUCCCCUUCUUCCUCACAAAAUGCUCAUAUGAGGGUUUCUUAUAAAGAGCUGCAUGAUGCAACCAAUGGAUUUUCUUCAUCCAAUUUGGUUGGUGUAGGAAGCUUUGGUUCUAUAUAUAAAGGAACUCUUCGGCACUUUGAAGGUUUUAUUGCCAUGAAGGUGCUCAAUCUUCAAGCACACGGGGCAUCAAAGAGUUUCAUCACAGAAUCCGAAACUCUUAGUAUAGUCCGGCAUUGGAAUCUUUUGAAGAUUCUGACUUCAUGUUCAAGCGUUGAUUACAAUGGCAAUGAUUUUAAGGCCCUUGUUUAUGAGUUCAUGCCUAAGGGGAGCUUGGAGAAUUGGUUGUCCACGAAUGAACUUGAUGAACUUAGAGAUUUACAUUUGAAUUUCGGACAAAGAUUGGAUGUAGCCAUACAUGUGGCUCAUGCUUUGGAUUAUCUUCAUCUUGGUUUUAAGGAAACUAUCGUUCAUUGUGAUAUCAAGCCAAGUAAUGUUCUUCUUAGUGAUGAUAUGGUUGCACACUUAGGAGACUUUGGAUUAGCUAGGCUUCUUCAUGAAGUUACAAGCUACUCUAGUGUGGGCCAAACUAAAUCUUCAGCAAUUAAGGGAACAAUUGGCUAUAUUCCUCCAGAGUAUGGAGAAAGUGUCCAAGUUACAACAAAAGGGGAUAACUACAGCUACGGGAUUUUUAUGCUUGAGAUGCUCGCUGAAAAGAAGCCGACAGAGAGCAUGUUUCAUGAGGAUCUAAGCCUACCCAAAUUCUGCAUGCUAGCAUUACCUGAUAGAGUCCUUCAGAUUGUGGAUCCAAAUUUGCUUGUUCUAUCUGAUAGAGACCAUAGGAAAAUUAUGCAGAAUUCAAAUAUGGAACGCAACAUUCGAGAGUGUCUGGCUGGCUUUGCUGGGAUUGGCGUGGCAUGCUGUGCAUAA